AUGCCGCGCGCGUUGCCGUUUCUGCUACCGCUAUUCGCGGUCGCGGGACUCGCGACCAGCGCCGAUGUCUUCGUAAUCGCCGACACCGCCAACCAAACACUCGUCAUCGCGGACAACGCGAAGGAAACUAUCGCGGAAGUCAACGAUAUCGCUCUAGCAAACGACACCGUCUCCGAAUCAGAUGGUGAUCACGAACCGAUUGUGCGCAAGAAACGUACCUUUGGAGACGUCGUGUUUAGGGGUUUAGCUGAUGUUCUUGGAUACAGUGUAGCCAGAAAACCUCCUCAGGUUGCGUUCCCGCCGCCACUCGCGCCGGUACCGGGUAUAGAUACGCCAGUUCAAGCUCUACCUGAUGGUGUAUAUUCGGUUCUAGCAGCAGCGCCAGCUCCUGCGCCUGCACCAGCACCCGCGGCACCCCCCUGUGGGGCUCCUCGAGCUGCGGCACCUCCACCCUGCAGAGCCCAGGCACCUCCGCCACCUCCGCCUAAACCAACUCAGCCUCCGUGUCCAAGACCGAGAGCCAAUCCAAGGCCCAAACCCAAGCCUACCCCGAAACCAAGGCCACCUCCGCCACCUCCGCCACCACCCUGUGCAACACCGCGCGCUAACCCGACAACUCCGUCGCCUUGUGCUCCUCCGCCGCCACCUCCGCCUCCACCAAAGGCAGACUCUAAUCUUGAGACUAUUACGUCUAACUUGCGUUUAAAUUUUAAUUUUAAUAGAGCUCCAGCGACACCUGCUCCUGCUCCAGCUGCUGAAGAAGAGGAAUAUGUAGAACAGGAACAAAUUAGACCAUUAGCGAUUCAACCCCGAGCAGCACAACUACCUUUGGAACCACCACGCUCGCCGCGGGUCUACUUAGAUGCAUUUGUCGUCCAAAAUGGAGUAGCUCAAAAGGUUCACGCAGUCGAUGCUCGAAAUUUAAAUCGGAACCAAGCUGACGAUGAUUAUUUGGUCUAUGACGACGAAGAGCAACCAGAACAGAAUCAGGACGAUGAAUAUGAGUAUGUAGAAGAAUCUCGGGAUCGCGCUAAAGCUGUGCAAGAAUUCGGUAAUGCAGUCGAUCGAUUCUGGGAACAGAAACAAAAGAAGCCCAAAAGGAAACGUCCAGCAAACGAUUAUCGAAAUGUCCAUUUUGGUGAUCGUGAUUUGGUCAACCAAUUUCGUGACCAAAGUAAAGAACAAAAACUUCAGAAUCUUCAAAAAGUUAAACCAAACUCUAAUCGCAUUCCCUUACCAAUACCCGAGGGAGAAGACGAAGAUGAAGUGACGACGACGACUCAAGACCCUCGUCGACGACUGAAACCACGUGUACUACCACCCACUGAACAUAAUCCAAAUCAGAUUGAUACAGUUACUGUUCGUGUACCACCCAUAUAUAAAGAAAAACGACCAAAGAAACUCCAUCGAAAGCACCCGGAGCAACCAGAUCGCGAUGAAGAGGAAGAUGCUGAAGCAGUCCAAGAAUCAGGUGAGCAGGACUUCUCUGACUCCGAGACAGAAAACAGUGACACAGACCCUCAGACAGAGAAGCCGAAGCGCAAGCGCCGUCGUAAGAAAACGAGAAGAACAAGAUCGACAGACGAGCCUUACGCCGCCGGAGACUAUGACUACUACGGCAAGAAACUUCCGAUAUCCGAAGAGGAGCAAUAUUUCCGUGGAUUAACGAUUCCACCGCCAACUAAGGACGCAGACUUGGCUAGGUUAGAGGAAGGAGAAGGCGAAGAAGGUCAUUUCUUGGAUGAUCACGAAAGACUUCGCGAUGACCCAGAAAGAAUAAAAAGCACUUCGAAAAAUUAUGACAAGGAACGCGUGGACGAUAAAGAAAGGGCGGAUGAGUCUGAAAGGUCUGACGAAAGCGAACGCUCUUACAAGGAAGACGAGCGUACGGGAGAGAAUGAACGAACCGGUGAAAACGAGCGUAGCGAUGACGAAACCGAGAGAACAGACAAGUUGAGUCCCAACGCACGAGUGCGAGAAACAAACUACCAGAACAAUUACGUACGUGCCCAUAACGUUCAAGUCGACGACCCUCGGCCACUCGUUUCAACUGUCAAAAAGAAAACCUCAAAGAUCGGCAAAGCCUGA